AUGGAAGAUAUUGACAGGAAUUAUGAUAAAUUUCUUGUAAAACGAACAAACUUGAAAGAAGAACAAAUUACUAGUAUAUGCACACAUCAUCGUGAUAUGUUAAUAGUGAGAUAUGAGAGUAGAUAUCAGAAAAGUUGCUGUUGUCCAUUUCUGACUUACAAAAAAGUGUGUAGAGCAUCUUUACAUGUAAUUACAAUGCAUACUGUGUUAGAAGCAGAAACUGUAAGUUUAAAUCUUAUACCUAGAAAAAAGUUGUGUCCAACCUGUCAACGUAAAGUUAUAAAUCAUUUAUCAAAAAGUAUGAGUGAAAACAAAUAUAAUGAAGGUUUGGAUAUUGUUAGUGAAACAUCCGUUAAAAAUAAAAAAGAUGGUGUAAAUAGACACUUUAGAGCUACUGGAGUAUCUCCUAUUAAGAUCAAAGGAUUGUCACUUCGUGAUCAAUGCUAA